AUGGCUUGCAAUUCAAUGACCGCUUCUCCUAUUGAGUGCACUUUCGAUGACUUACUAUUAGACUUAGCAAUGGGUUUAACGGACAAUAACUCGACGACAAUACCGCGGAUUCAGGUCUUCAGACCGAAGAUCGAAGAGAUGAAGGACUUCUCCAAAUAUCUGGAGUAUAUGGAGAGUCAGGGCGCCUAUAAGGCGGGUCUCGCAAAGAUUAUUCCUCCGCCCGAAUGGAAGCCCCGGAAGAAGGGUUACGGAGACAUAGAUUUGAUGAUUAAGGCGCCGAUCCAACAGGUGGUUCAGGGCGGACAAGGGCUGUACCAACAGUACAACAUCCAGAAGAAGGGCAUGUCUGUGAAGGACUUCGAGAAGAUGGCGAACUCUCCCCGAUAUAAGACUCCAACCUAUUUUGAUUACGACGACUUGGAGCGCAAGUACUGGAAGAAUGUGACGUUUAAUCCGGCCAUUUAUGGCGCAGACGUGUCCGGGAGUAUAACCGACGACGACUGCAAAGAAUUCAAUAUUAAUAAUUUGAAUACAUGUCUGGAUAUGAUUAACGAGAGCUAUGGCAUUAAGAUAAUGGGUGUGAACACCGCUUACCUCUACUUCGGAAUGUGGAAAUCGACGUUCGCCUGGCAUACAGAGGAUAUGGACCUCUACUCAAUCAAUUACCUCCACUUCGGACAACCCAAGUCUUGGUAUUGCAUUCCUCCAGAACACGGCAAACGACUCGAACGCUUGGCUAAUGGAUUCUUCCCCAGCAGUUACAAACAGUGUCCAGCAUUUCUUCGCCACAAAAUGACACUAAUAUCACCGCAAGUGCUGAAGAAGUAUUCGAUUCCAUUCAAUAAGAUCACACAAGAAGAGGGAGAGUUUAUGAUAACGUUUCCGUAUUCAUAUCACGCGGGCUAUAAUCAUGGCUACAAUUGUGCCGAAUCGACCAAUUUUGCACUUCCGCGUUGGGUUGAGUUCGGCAAACGCGCCGUCAGAUGUCUCUGCCGUUCGGAUUCCGUUCAGAUAAAUAUGGAAACGUUUGUCCAGAAGUAUCAGCCCGACAGAUAUCAACUGUGGCUCCAGGGGAAGGACAUCGGACCUGAUCCUAAAGACACGAGUCAUGUGUGCGCCGCUCCCGCGCCCUCCACUUAUGAAAGGGAUAUUAUGUCCAAAUUUAAAAAACACAAACGACAUCCACCGCACAAAAAGGACUUCUCGUCGGAUACUGAAGAGUAUAAUAGCGACGAUUGCGAAGACGACUGUCCGCAACAGUGGACGCCUCCCACAAAAGCUGCUCGAAAAAUGUUUGAAACGACCGAAGAAAGCGUUGAAAUGAAUUCUGUAAUAUCGGCGCCGAUAGCUACUCACGCCUGCGGUAGAGAAGAUACGGAUUUGGCGGCUGAUAAAGGCUUUGAGUUGAGAAGACGGCUAUUUUUAUUUCUAUUCUUUGCCUUCUUUGGAAUGAGUGAGACAUCAGUUCCGCCACAUCUUCUCAACCAUUCAUAUGCAAGACUCGAUCACAAGUCUCGUGUCUCGUCCUGUACUCAACCCAAUAACUCUCAAACUAAUUGUGAAUAUUUCGCACAUUUUGCACUCAACGAUAGCGCCAUUUCGGACACCACUCACACAUCGGAAUCAAGCGAACGACAAGAACUGAACAAUACCUCAAAUUCUCAUUCAUAUGCAUCGCAUUCGUCUGCAUUGAAUCAGUCGACAUCCCAUUUGCAGUCCCCUUCAAACCCGGAUUGUAUGUAUAGUCCUGUCCUUCAAAAUAAGUUAAUAAGUGAUUCGAUGGCAAACCGAAUGAGCGAAUCCAAUAAUCAGAUGGUAUCACAACCGCCAGACAUCAGACCAUACUAUGAAUAUAGUGCUGAUAACACGAAUUUCUCCUCAAAGCCACCCCUACUUACAGCACCAGAGUUGGGACAACCGUUUGAACACAAUUCGGAUAACUAUGACAUGAAUUGUACGCUUGAAGUGAAAGAGGAGUCAAAGGAGUUGAACAAUGGAUUGAGAGGAAUGGUUGAGGCGAGCACUUCGACUGAAGAUUUGGAUAUAACGAGUCCUUUUAGUGAAGAGUUGAGCCCUUCGAUGCACAAUAUCGGUGCAAAUAACGAUUUGACUUUAGAGGAGCUGACAAAGAAGACAUUACAAUACACACCAUUAAGUUGUGGUCUUUCUCCACAGGGUUUUCACGAUGAGAUUCGGUUCAACAUCUGUAUGUCAACAAUAGGCCCGCAUUGUGUGAUCUGUAAUCUACUCAAACCCUAUCAACUCAUGCCAAACGCCCGCUUAUCAGACCUGGAGUCGUGGUCUCCGCCCAAAUCGAGUCAAAUUCUGAUACCAAGUCUUGCCUUUACCUCUAAAGUCAAAGAUGAGAACACUUUACUCGAUUCCAGAGAUACUUCCCCUUUGAUUGUGUGCAUUGACUGCAGAAUAUGUGUUCACUCA